AAAAGAGUGCGUUUAUCAUUUCUCUUCAGCAAUAUACAGAAAAGCAAAAGUGAUUCUUUAAUGCUAUAUGACACAACAGAAGAAGCCACUAAGUCCAGCGUCACUUAUCGUCGGCAGCUUUGAUUGGAAAGCAAAUUACUAACCAAAUUAUCUUAAAGCACCUUCCCUACGAUCUUAACGCAUACAUGCCCUCUAAAUUCAACUACAAGAAAAUCUACCAUUCAACUUGAACCACAUAUAUGUUGAAAAGUAGCUCACUACUAGCACAGUAGUACUAUGAAUAACCUGCACUGCAAUGCAAACACAUAAUCUAAAAUGGAUGCCACAACAGAAGUUACUAAGCCUCACGCUGUUUGCAUUCCAGUUCCGACUCAAAGCCAUAUCAAGGCAAUGCUUAAAUUCGCAAAACUCCUGCACAGUAGAGGUUUUCAUAUUACCUUUGUCAACGCGGAGUUCAAUCACAAGCAGUUUCUUAAAUCUCUAGGACCUGACUCCCUAGAUGGCUUGCCUGAUUUCCGGUUCGAAGCCGUCCCAGAUGGCCUUCCAGAUUCAGAUGACGAUGCCACCCAAGAUCUCACUUUGCUUGCUGACUCUGUCAGAAAACAGAAUUUCUUGGCUCCCUUUCGUGGCCUCCUCAAUAAACUCAACCAUGCUAUAUCAACAUCUAGGCCUGGCAAUUCCUGACACGAUCCGAUAACCCGAUACGAAAUUAACUGUUGACUUUUGUAUUUUAGGUAGGAUUCCUAAUUGAUAUGUAAUCUCAUGUAAUCACUUGUAAUUAGUUUUUUUUCCUUUUAUGUUAGGGUUGUACACCUAUAAGUUCCUCUUAUUGAGAAGAAUAUAUUAUUAUUCAGAGCAUUCUCUUCUUGGCGCCAGAGCCUAAGUUAGAAAAAAAGAAAAAAGUCUCGUUGUGCGCAGAAAUAAGAACCACCAGUUGCACAGCCUGUUGUGCAGCGCACCGUCACACAAGCGAGCGACGCCGUCGUUACUGAUCCGAGUUCACCAGUUGCGCAGCCAGUUGUGCAGUGCACCGUCACACCAGCGAGCGACGCCGUCGUUGCUGAUCCGAGUUCACUGAGUCGAUCCCUGCAGUCACCCACUACCAUCUGUUGCUGCAUCGCACACCCACAAACCGAGAUCCUAAUCUAGAAACCUUGUCGUUGCAAAUCCCGGUUGACAACCACA